GUACGUGUUAAGAUUUUAAGUUAGUGGUUAUUUGAUAUGCUUGUAUAGUGAUAAUAUUUUUUACUUACUAACACUUUAUAAUUUAUAAAAUGUUUAAAGCAGCUUAUUGCUUUUUAUUUUUAAUAGUUUCGUGUUUAAUAUACGAAGCAUAUGGAAAUCAUCAUAGAGUUAAGAGUAUAAGAAAGCCUUCGCGUGUUAUUUCUAACAAUAUUGAUCCAUAUGAUUCAUCAUCGUCAUUAACAGCAGCAGAAGCAGAUGGAGCAGCAGAAGAUUCAACAACAUUAGAAUCACCAGCAGCAUUACCGUCACCACGCCCUUUGAGGAAAUCGUUUAGUUCAAAUGGUUCCUUAGGAUAUGACGGAAAUCGUGGAUUAGGUUUAGAUAAUAAAUCUCGGGGUGGUACGCAGUCUAUUAGACAAAAACCAUAUAAUAUGGACUCAGAUAAUCUAAAUAAUGGACAAAGACAAAAUAAAAAUCAAAACACCAGAAAAAGACAAAAUACUAUAACUUCAGAUUUUCAAGAUUUUCCAAAUUUAACACAAAUUAAAACGAAUCCUUCAGCUAAGCGUACAGAAAGGUUACGACAAAAACCUUUACCCCCAUCAUUGAAUGAAGAUAAUAGUCAACAAAUCAAUGAUAAUAUUGAGAACUCGGGUAUGGUGAAUUAUAAUACAAUGUCAUUUAGGAAAUGUUGUAUUAAUGGUAAUUGUCGUAUGCUAAAAGACGGAGAAGAAUGUGGUAUUGAAGACAUUUUUAGAAAUAUGAAAAAUACACAACAACCAAAAAUUCCGAUGUUCACAACUUUCAGUAAUGGAAAUAAUGGUUUCCAAGAUAUGAUGUCAAAAUUAAUGGAUGAAAGAUUUAAACCUUUUAGAUUAAACUCGUUCAAUAGGUUUGAGAAUAGAGAAGACAUCAAUAUCCAGCAAACAGGAAAACCGACAAAUAUGCGAUUAGGUUCAAUGAGAUACCCGACAAGCAUUCCUUCUUUUGAUUCGAGUAAUGAUAUAAGUAACGGAAUGGGUUCGUUCGCUAACAUGCCACAAAGAACAAAUCCAACAAAUUACCCGUACUCAAAACCUAUGGGUUUGAGUGAAGACGAAGCUGAUGAAAUCCGAAAUAAAGUCCUUCAGCAAUCUAAUUUGUAUAGAAAAAAAUAUAACCUCGUACCAUUUACUUUGGAUGAUCAGUUGACUAAUUGCGCUCAAGACUGGGCUAAUUACAUUGCGAAACAAGGAACAUUUCAACAUAGAGACAAUAAUGCUUACGGAGAAAAUUUGUACGCAGAUUCAGAUUUGAAUAAUUUAGGCAAAAAAGCGGUCGAUGCAUGGUAUAAUGAAAUAACUAAGUUUAACAUCGAUGGCGAAGAAUCUGAUUUGGGUAGCAAUAGUGCUACACACCACAUGACACAAUUAUUAUGGAAAUCAUCAACUAAAUUGGGUGUUGGUAUUUCAAAAACCCCAAAUGGCAUGUACAACGUUGUGGCCAACUAUGAUCCUAGAGGAAAUAUGAUAGGGUCUUUCGAAGAUAAUUUACCUCAAAUAAAACAAGAAGACAUUGAAGAAGCGAAUGAAUCAGAAAGAGCAACACAAUCGGCACCGAAAUCGGGUUGGUGGUCUUCGGAUUCAUCAUUUCCCUUACAAUCAGGGUGGAAUAAUAACAAUCCAUAUUAUAAUUAGGAUUAUUAUAUUAUGUAGCUGUAAAUGACUGAAAUUUUGUAAAAGAGUUGUUUCCAGAAUUGUACAUAUUAUAAUAAUAAAAAAAGAAUUAAUACCAA